AUGAGUUAUUCAUUGAUUUCACAAAUUCUGACCGAGGCAGAAAUUAUUGAACUGGGUUUGCAUAGCAGGUUGAUGAAAUACUGUUCAAGUCCCUAUAUCUUAAAUAAGAAACAUUAUAUAAUAAUAUGUACAUUAUAUUUAUUAAAUACUUUAUUAUUUUUUUUGGUUUAUAUUACUAUAGCUAUACUUCUUCUGACAGGGCAUAAACCUCAACUGAGCAAAAGUAUAGUAUUAAUAAUAUAUAUUUACAUUUUUGUUUGUUUUUAUAUUGAUUUAUUUAUAAGUAACAGUAUAAAAUAUGACUUGACAAAGAAAUAUAACAUAAAAGAAAUAAGGAAGAGGAUUUACGAAAAGUACCUUGUCGGUACGAAAACGUGUGAAGAGAAAAAGAUGAAAAAAAAAAAAAAAAAAAGCCAGAAUGGGAUGGGUAGUGGGAACGAUGAUGUAAACGAUGAUAUAAACGAUGAUAUAAACGAUGAUGUAAACGAUGAUGUAAACAAAAAUGAAAACAAAAAUGAAAACAAAAAUGAAAACAAAAAUGAAAACACAAAUAAGCACACAAACGACGGUAAAGGUACAAGUGUGGGGGAAAAACUCUUUUCUAAUGAAAAACAUUUUAUUAUUGACGAUGGUACAGAAGACAAGGAACAAGGUGUUCUUUGUGAAAACACGAUAGAAAGGGAGGAAAGAUUUUAUAAAGUAGAUGAGCUAAAAGAUGUUAAUGAAAAUAUUAAUGUCGAGUUAUUAAAGUAUAUACAAUAUGAUAAUAAUAAUUAUACUAUUAAUGAUAACAAAUUUGAUAUUUUCCUAAUUGCAUCAGGACUAAUAAACCAAAUAAAUAUAUUCUUUGAUUUAGUUUUUUUAUUUUAUAUAUAUGACUAUAGCAAGAAUUUAUUUUUUGUUUGCCUUUUUAUUUAUUUUUAUUAUGUAGUUCAUUUCUUUAUUUUAAUUAAAUUCUCUACCGUCAUGUCAUUUGCAUUACUAAGGAUAUAUAGGAAGUCUAUUAUUCGUUCAUAUACAAAAACAUCAACCAAUAUGAAAAUUCUGUUAACUCGUUGCUGUAAAGUAAAAAGGGUGCUCAAAAACUUCUUAAGAGUGAUGAUCGCGUUGAGAUCGAACAACGAAGUUCUACAUGAAAGCGAAUCGAAAAUAUUUUUGAACAAGUACACAAAUUAUAAUAGCUGGUGUUUCUUUUAUAAAGAAAGUAAAACCACAAGUUAUGAUUUGGAAAAUUUGAGAAGGGUAUAUAACUCAGAAAUAGAAAAAUUAAGGAAAAUAAAAAUUAACAACAAUAACAUGAGUCGUAAUAAUCUAAGCACUAAUCUACUUAGUGGGAAUCGAAUAAGUUCACAUAAAACAAAAGGCAAAAAAAAAAAAAGAAAGGAUAAAAUGGACCACGAAAAAGCCCUUUUGCCUGCACAUGUGCAGAAUCUUGCAAACAUAUCUAGCUUUCUCUGCUAUUUUCAUAUUCUGAAUAUUAUGAAAAAUAAAUUCUUGUCUGCUCAUAGUGUCUACGCACAUGUCAGCUUCACAUUAGUUUUCUUCGUUUGGAGACUGCUAUAUAUGGACGUUGUGUUAUGCCUGUUGAAAAUUUUUAUUUUGUUUUACACGAGCGAUAGCCUAGUAAUAGGUUUAUUUUUAUUUAUUGCCCUGACGAAUAUUGCAAAUUCGUAUAUAAUACAUUUGGUUGAUAAUAAUUUGUUAAGCGAUAUGAAUAUUAAUUAA